AUGUUUGUUCCCAUUGUGAGCCUGUUUUCGAAGGAUCAGACAUACCAUGAGCCCGUGAUGCUCGACAUAGACGACAAGAUCAGCCAGCUUUUCGUUGACCCGGACACGACUGCCUGCUGCUGCCAAAUCUCGCCUGCGCCACCAGCCUUGACACAGAGUGCAAUGACUACGGCGACUGAAGUGACCAUAACGACGACCGUCUUCAUCACGAAGAACCAGCUGAGCUUGUGGGGCGGAAUCAGAAGGAAAGGGAACUGGAGGCUCCAGAACAGAACGUGA